UUUGACGGAAAAAAAAUUGUUUAACAGGUCGAUUUUUGCAGUGUUCUUGGAAAAGUUCUUAAGUUUUUGUGUGAAAGGUAAAGAAAAUCAUUAAAAAAUGGAUAACGCGUCUUAUUCGAGGAGUCUUUUGGAUCUGCCUGUAGCUGAGAUUUUGGUGGAUCACGUUGCGCCAUACCUAACAAGGGAAGAUCUUACAACCUUCCGCACUUGUUCCCGGAAAUGCAAGGAGUUGGCGGAUCAAAUGUUUGCCGGAAUCAGGAAGCUUGUGUUGCGCAGUAGCGAUAAAGGACCUAUUCCCCUGAUUCUUCAGACUUGUAGGCAGCUUCGAGAAAUUUAUUUUUAUGGAAUGACUUUGAGUAAUGAUCAAGUGCACCAAUUGAUGAGCAAUAAUCGUCUUUUGGAAUCUGUUGCUAUAGAUUGGUGCGAGCGAAUAACUUCUCGAGGACUUGUUCCACUAGUUGCUUGCAAAAAGAUCAAAAAUUUGGUACUCAUUCGUAUGAAUAUUCACGAUGAGUUCUUGAUUGAGUUCGCUAACAACAACAAAAAGCUGAAAUCUGUGAGUUUUUGCGAAUGCUAUAACUUCUCUGUGGAAGCACUUCAGCACUUCUUUCGCAAUGAGCCGGAAUUGGAGGUGAUUAACUUGACUUACAGUAAUAUUGAUAUCUCACCGGUUUUGACAACGAUCUCCCAAACUUGCUUCAAUCUGAAGGUUAUCGAUUUCCGAGGCUCAAUUAUUCGAGAUAGGAAUGUCCUCAAGAAUUUCACUAAAAAUCAACACAGGGUACAACUCUACAUUAAAUAUUACGAUACUGACAGCGAAAUGUUGGAAGAAGACCGUGGGAUUUCUUGCAGCUACGCAAGAACUCUCACGGAGUUCAAUGUAUUACUCAUUCCCCCACUUCCCCCAUUGAUCUGAGAUUGAGAUUUCUGGAUUUGAUUCUCCUGGAAAAUCCACAAUAAUUUAGAUUUAUUUUUUACUAAAACAAAUGCCAAUGAAAUAUUAUAAAAGAACAAUAAAUAAAUGCAAUAAAUGAA